AUGGUGAGAAGGGAAUGAAAGCAGACGAGUGGAGAGAGAAAAAAGAAAGGAAGGGGAAAACAGAAUCCCGGUUCUGGAAUGGGCUGUGAAGAUCAUCUUAUAUUACUGGGGAGUCUGCAGUUCAGACUCAACCAGGGACUAACUCCGGGGCGUGCAAAAUGGCCAGCCUUCAAAGUCCAACACUUGGUGGGCUGUUACCAGUCAGGCAACUCUGCGGGCGUGGGGCUGGGAUGGAGGAGACGUAGCCCUGCCCUUGCGAAGUUGCAGGAAGGAAAAACUUUUCAAGCGAAGCGAGGGUCUGCGCAGAGUGCACAAGAGGAGAGGAGAAAUAAGAACGCAGAAGCGACCCCUCUCCCCCGGCUGCCAAAGCUGAGCCAGUGUGAAACAGGAUCCUCUUCUCAGCUGCCAUCUGAAUUUGUUGGUGUUACUCAGCUGUUUUAAAUGAAAUCCAUUGGCAUGACUUCCCUUCCUGUACUUCCCCAUCUCAGACACUCAAAGAGAAUCCUUAUCUAUUACAUGGCAGGAGGGGCGGGUAGACUUAGGGAUAGUGAAGAUACCAGCAAAGCUCAUCCGGAGUCUUCCUUGUAUCUCAGAACCCAUCCUCAGUAAGAAUGGCGGAUAGGGUUGACUGGUUACAAAGCCAAAAUGGCGUAUGCAAAGUUGAUGUGUAUUCACCUGGAGACUACCAACACCAGGACUGGAAAAUGGAUGCAUCAACGGAUCCUGUCCGAGUGCUCAGCUGGCUCCGCAAAGACCUGGAGAAAAGUACAGCAGGGUUCCAGGACUCGAGGUUCAAGCCUGGAGAGUCAUCAUUUGGGGAAGAAGUGGCCAUCCCAGGAGACCAACGCAAAGGUUUCUGUGUCGACUACUACAAUACCACCAACAGGGGCAAUCCGGGGAGAUUGCAUUUUGAGAUGACACACAAGGAAAACCCUUCCUCGGGCCCCAUGGCCCAAGUUGGUCAUGGGAGUUCCAUAGAUGAAGUUUCCUUCUAUGCCAACCGCCUCACAAACCUAGUGAUAGCCAUGGCCCGAAAGGAGAUCAAUGAGAAGAUCCAUGGCUCUGAAAAUAAAUGUGUCCAUCAGUCAUUCUUUAUGGGGGAUGAGCCCACACCCCACAAGAGCCUGAGUACAGUAGCCUCCGAGCUGGUGAAUGAGACUGUCGCUGCGUGUUCCAAGAACAUUGCUGGUGACAAAGCCCCGGGCUCUGGAGACAGAGCGUUGGGGUCAGUGCAGAGCCCUGGUCUAAGAUACAAAAGCACUUUGAAGAUCAAGGAGAGCACCAAGGAUGGUAAGUGCCCAGACGACAAGCCUGGUUCUAAGAAGUCUUUCUUCUAUAAGGAAGUGUUUGAAUCUCGGAAUGCUGGGGAUGCCAAGGACGGUGGAAGGUCCUUACCUGGAGAGAGAAAGCUGUUCAGGGGCCAGGACAGGCCUGACGACUAUACAAACUCUGUCAGUCAAGGGAUCAUGACCUAUGCCAACAGUGUGGUGUCCGACAUGAUGGUCUCCAUCAUGAAGACCCUGAGGAUCCAGGUGAAAGACACCACCAUCGCCACCAUUCUGCUGAAGAAGGUAUUGAUCAAGCACGCCAAAGAGGUCGUCUCCGAUCUUAUCGACUCGUUCAUGAAGAACCUCCACAAUGUCACAGGAAGCCUCAUGACUGACACAGACUUCGUCUCAGCUGUGAAACGAAGUUUUUUUUCUUCUGGAAGCCAAAAGGCCACAGAUAUCAUGGAUGCCAUGCUGGGUAAGCUGUACAAUGUAAUGAUUGCCAAGAAAUUCCCUGAGAACAUAAGGAAAGCCAGGGACAAGUCCGAGAGCUACUCCCUUAUCUCCAUGAAAUCCCGGCCUGGUGACCCUAGGCAACCCAACAUGAACUUUGCGAUGAAAUCCGAAGCAAAGCUGAGGGAGAGUCUGUUUUCUGCGUGCAUGCCAGAGGCAGAGAAGAGCUGUGCGGAAACUCUGGGCGAGCACAUCAUCAAGGAGGGGCUGACCAUGUGGCACAAAACUCAUCAGAAAGACUGUAAGCCCCCCAGUGUCGACAAUGCUGCCAAACAGGGUCACCCUCAGCAAGAGGUUUCCUUUGAGGUUCCAGAUCCUUGUGACUUAAGCCCUCCUCCACAGCAACCAGAGACUUUUGAAAAUUUUAUGUGUGAAUCAGAUUCCUGGGCCAAGGACCUAAUUGUGUCAGCCCUACUUCUGAUUCAGUACCACCUGGCCCAGGGAGGAAGAAUGGAUGCUCAGAGCUUCCUGGAAGCUGCUGCCAGCACCAACUUCCCCGCCACCAAGCCGCAGGCAGCGCCUGCGCACGACGAGUCCAGACUUAAGUCUCCUCAUAAGAUAUGUGACCAAGAACAGACAGAGAAGAAGGAUCUGAUGAGUGUCAUCUUCAAUUUUAUCCGGAACUUACUCCGUGAGACCAUAUUCAAGAGUAAGCGUAAUUGUGAAUCCAAGGCACAGAACGUUAAGGAAGAAGAGAUCAAUCACUGUGAAAGGCCUGUGACCCCUCCUGCCUGUGAGGAAGAGGAGGAGGAGGAGGAGACUAACGGUGCCUUAUCUGGGCUCACCAAGAUGGUCGCCAACCAGCUCGAUGGCUGCAUGAAUGGGCAGAUGAUGGAACACCUGAUGGACUCUGUGAUGAAGUUGUGCCUCAUUAUUGCCAAGUCCUGUGACUCUCCCUUGUCAGAGCUGGGAGAGGAAAAGUGUGGGGAUGCCAGCCGGCCAAAUUCUGCCUUCCCAGACAACCUGUAUGAGUGCCUACCAGUCAAGGGCACCGGAACAGCUGAAGCCCUCCUGCAGAAUGCCUAUCUAGCCAUCCAUAACGAACUGAGAGGUUUGUCAGGACAGCCACCCGAGGGAUGUGAAAUACCCAAGGUGAUCGUCAGCAACCACAACCUGGCUGACACCAUUCAGAACAAGCAGCUCCAAGCCGUCCUGCAGUGGGUAGCUGCCUCUGAGCUCAACGUCCCCAUCUUGUACUUUGCUGGCGAUGAUGAAGGGAUCCAGGAGAAGCUGCUUCAGCUCUCGGCCGCUGCUGUGGAGAAAGGCCGCAGUGUCGGGGAGGUUCUGCAGUCGGUGUUGAGGUAUGAGAAGGAGCGACAGCUGGAUGAGGCGGUGGGAAACGUCACGCGACUGCAGCUGCUGGACUGGCUGAUGGCAAACCUGUGAUUGGAGCCUACCCGGUGUUCCGGCAGUGGGCCAUGCCCUCACUCCCUCAGCUCCCCUCCCUGCCACACAGAGCCCUAAAGUUCCCUUCACACCACCCACACCACAUGCACCAUCUAACGCUACUCACUGGAUUUUGCAGAUUUUCUUGUCCAUGCAAGCAAGGACAUAAAUUAAAAGAUUACAAUUAAAGGGC